GAGCACCCUCCUCCUCCUCCUCUUGGAUCGCGCAGCCGUCCGUUCUUGUCCACUUUCUCUUUCUCUCUCUUCAUACCUCUCACUCUCUCUGCUGUCUCUCACUGUCUUUGCUUCUCUCAUCUUUUAUCUCUUUCUCUCUCUUCCUUCUCUGUCUGCCCUCCACUUUGGCUGCCAGAAGCUCACAGGCUCGCUGCUCUUCCUUCAACCACUGAGGUUUCAGAAGCACACGGGACGAAGACUCUAUCAGUGGAGCAGCCAAGAUGUCAAUGACCAGCAUCCUCAACGCUGAUGACAUCAAGAAAGCUCUGGAUGCAUUUGCAGUUGCUGACUCUUUUGAUCAUAGGAAGUUUUUUGAGAUGAUCGGUCUGAAGGCCAAGUCUUCUGAUGAUGUGAAGAAGGUCUUCACGGUGCUGGACGCCGACAACAGCGGCUUCAUAGAGGAGGAGGAGCUCAAAUUCGUCCUGAAGGGUUUUGCCAAAGAUGGCAGGGACCUGACAGACAAAGAAACCAAAGCAUUUUUAAAAGCAGCCGACAAGGAUGGAGAUGGCAAGAUUGGAAUCGAUGAGUUCGCCGCCCUUGUGAAAGAAUGAACAGUCACCUAUCAUGGCUGACUAGCGCUCCAAGAUCACCUCCUAACCCCCGCCACAUCCUGACACCCACUGACCCCACUUCCUACCCAGCACCUACACCUCACCACCCCACCCAAACUCCCAGCCCACCAGACUGCAGCCGAUUCCUGCCACACACACACACACACACACACACACACGCACACUCCUCUUCCUCAACCUCUCCCCCACUGCUCUCUUCACUAAGCACAAUGCUGCACUGAAGUACGCUGUGGUUUGCAGCCCUAAAUGCUCCAAUACCUUCACACGCACACAUCUCCCCAUCAAAUGCCCCCACAGCUACACUCAUCCUAUUUAUUUUAUCCUUUUUAUACAAACUGUUCUUGUCUCUGUUUAUGUAUAGAUAUAAAACAUGCCUGCAGGAAUAAACCUCACAUUUUAAAGCAUAAAGUAGAUAUGUAAAGAAAACUGAGAUUAUAAGAGAAAGACCCUCAUUUCCUUCUACGUUUCUGACGUCCCCCUCUUUCUUUUCGUUUUCAUCACUUCCCCUCUGUACCUGUUUCUGUUUUUCUCUUCUUUAUUGAUUCCCCUUCUGGCACUGUUCCCCUCUUGCAUUCCUUUCCCUCCAAUCCACCCCUCUCACACCACCACCCCAUCCAUCCUUACAUCCAUCUAUUCAUCCCUCUUUCCUCUGGUAAUGAGCUGUUGUAAAACAUACCAAAAGAAGAAAGAAGUCAAGCUGUGAAAGAAUAAAAUAAAGUGAUAAGAAAACAAAGCCUCGACAACUGUGACUCACUAAGACCCUUCUCUUAAUUCCUUGCUUUGAUGAGACUCUCUUAUCUGAUUUUUUUCCUUCUUUCCCUCUUUCUCUGUUUCGCUGUCACUUUUACUCUUAUCAGGUGAAAAAUAGCUUGACAGCAACCUAAUAAUGUAUAAAGAAGUGUUCCUUGAAAAGCUUUUUGUCUUUAUGGAGGUCAUAAUGAUCCCUCAGUGUCAUUUGUUAGUAUUCAUUAGCACUGUCUGUUUCAUCUCAGCAGUGACAGAAGAAGAAGAAACUGCAUUAAAACAAACUCGGUGCAAUUAUCCAGCGUUUGCUUCGCGUUCCAUAUUACAUAUGAAUAUGAAAAGGGAGGAGGAAGCCGUAUUAUUCCACUUGCCAAACAGUCUUUAUUCAGAUGUGCUGUGCCAGUUUAACAGAACCAUGCUGUAAAGCCAUUAGCAGAAUUGGAUUCAUACUGAGGUUCAAUUUGGGUUAAGUAUCCCCAGCGGAAGACCCAGCGGAGAACAGGCAACGCGGGAUUGCUGAUUUUCUUUAGUAGGCCAUUAUACCGCCUGAGCAAAUAAACACAGAUCUCAAACUUGGA